CCCCUCGGCCCUCAGCUGAAGAUAAAGCAAAAAAAAGAUUGUUUGUACUGAUCGACGGAUUUAGCCGCGUAGGUACGACGGAGCCGAAUCGAACACAAACGAAAACGUAAAAAAGAUCGAACCAAAUCAGCCGAACCGAACUCGAACACUCCCCGUACGUGUAAUGUACGUAAAACCGAUAAAAACACACCGAAAAUGAGUAAUCAAAAAAGAGAGUAAAGUAUUUUUACAGUGUGCAUCCGGCUCAACGUAUAACUGCACGCUGAACGUGCGACAAAGAGGGAAAUCGUCGCGGAACGAAGAGGAGUAGAAGCGAGAAUGAAAACCUCUACUAGCAACGAUGGACAUUUACGGGGGGUACCGUGCACGGCGGGAGGGGAGAGGUUAGCAAAGCAAUCGGACUGACACCCAAGCCUUGUGCCUGCUGCUGUGCCUAGUCCGGCCAUCUUGUAACUGACGAAGCGCCCGUUUGUCCCUCGGAUUUAAAACAACCCCGGAAUUAAACAAUUACGCGUAAAUAAUUAGCGCAAAACGCCGUACGUCCCUAAUGAGUGACCCGAUGAGUGCGUAAACCAAUAACACUCACGUGCACUUACCGCACUAGCGAGACAAUUAAAAAUUCAAUCCACCAAAAGAGGAUUCCUUUAUAUUCGAGUAAUACAUUGUUUUUCUUGUGUGUGUUAAGUGAAGUAAUAAAAAUCGAAGUGUCUACAAAAUACUUGAGUAUAUUAUUAUAAUUUGGAUACCGCAAGCUUCACUUUCAACUUGGAUACUGCAACACUUAUUUAGUUCCAGAUGCAGUCUUCAAGGAUGUUUAUAUUCAGAAUUGAAUGCACAAAAAUGGGCUGAACGUGGACGUGCCUCCUCUAAACAGGGCAAUACUUCAUUAAAUACAGGAUUGUGGACUGGAAAUGGAUAAAGAAAAUGGAAAGGGAAGCGAGAGUUCUUCCGGUUCAAGCAAGGUACAAGAUCCGGCCGCUUUGCUCGAUGCUGCCAGCUUAUUUGGAGCUUAUUGGCCAAGAGGUGACUCAAGCGCAGCGAACCUAUUCGCAGCUGCGAGCGGUUUCGGACUACCGCCUCACGCUGCGGCCGCUCUACCGUUCGGAAUGCUGCCGCCCGGUGCCGCCUCCGCCCAAUCCGGACGAGGCGGUGGAUCGUCCGCGAACUCAAGCUCCGGGCUACCGCCCAGCUACCCAGCUGCGACUUCUUCGGCUUCGGGAGCAGCAGCGGCGGCGGCGGCCGCCUACAGCAACGCGGCCUACUCUAACACCUUGUCGGUGGCUGCCAGUCAAGCUGCCAGUCUUGGAAUGCCAGCAGCAAGUGCAGCAUGGUGGUCCAUGGCGUCUCACCUAGCGGCUCAAGAUUACCUGGCCCGCCUACAAGCUACAGGUCUGAACUUCCCCAUGGGAGGCCCCUCGGAUCCAUACUCCGCUCUGGGACUACCAUCAUUAGCUUCCAUGCAGCAGCAACACAGCGGCAAAAAAGGCUCAUCUUCCAAAACAACGUCCAGAGGCGGUAACGGAAAAGACAAAUCUUCAAGCAUGGGUUUGAUGAAAAUGGACCAUCACAAUGCCAAGAUGAAUAGUGGAAUGGGCAUGAGCAAAUCAUCGAACAACUCUCUCAAAUACUCAUCGUCCACUGGCCUGACGAUACAGCCCAGCGUCAAAAUGUCGUCAAGCAGUGCGAACUCGUCUAGUACAAAUACAUCGUCAAGUCGCAAACACCCCGUCACUAGUGAUUUAAGUUACUUAAGUAAAUUGGACAAUAACAAACAAAAAAUUAGCAGUAGCAGCAGUAGCAGUAGUUCAGGUUCCGCGAGUGUUAAACCGUCAUUAGAGUCGCCCAGUAUAUUUACGAAUCCACUUAGUUUGGCCAGUAAUCAGGACAAAAGUGGCACUGUGACAUCCAGCAUGAAUAGUGCCACUAGUGUACAGAAUUCAAUCAGUGCUAGUAAUGUUGCAGGGCUACCGGCUAGUAUUUUAAGGUUACCACCCGACACCGAGAUCAUCAAGUACACCUCGUCAAUUGUGGGUCCAAAAAUACCUGGAACUACCAAUCGCGGACGUAAAAAGACAAUUUCUUUAGAUCCGCCCUCUGUCAGUGUACUACCAUCAGCUGGCGGUGGGCUUUAUAUUGAAAGAACUUCGAAAAGGCCUAAGCUAAGUGAUCAAGAUAUCACCCCUCCAGGCACUCCAGGAUCUUCCGAUCGAGUAGAAGUAAUAAAACUACCUGCAACAAAUGGUAGUCCUUCAGGUAUUGCAUCGUACAUGUCAGAGGCUUCAGGCGAAAUUCCCCUUAAUCUCUCUCUAAAACCAAGCUCUUCUUCGAGUAGUGGGACAAGUUCUUCCCUAAACUCGCUCAGCAACAUGAGCGCUAGCAUUGGAUCUGAUCGGAUAUCACGUCGUAAACCAGGCCCGAAACCGCGUCGCGUUAUUCCGAUGGAAUCGACGCCGCCUCCAACGACACCUCCAGGCAUGAUGUCCCUGUCUCAACUGUACUCUGGUGCCGAAUCUCCACGACCUCCUAGUCGAAACGAGGGUUCCGACGGAGGCAGUUCCACUUCGUCCACUUCAGCACCCACCGGACCUUCGGGAAGUAACGCUAUGGGUUUGCCGAAUCACAAAGAGGGACGUCCAAGGAAUUUGGGUAGGGGUGUCAGCAAACCUAAGAAGAAUACGGUGGCGUCUUUAUUGGCACAAAGUAGAGCUCUAGGUAUUAAACCAGUUCCAAUGCUCGAUCCCAACGCCUCGAUGAAUCAGCAAAUGAGCUUACUGAAGUCCAACAUCCUCGCUGCACAGCAAUACAUUUCGGAAGCUGGAGGAGACGAAAAAGCUCUGAACAAGUUUUUGCAGGAAAGAUUUAGAGGGGCACUGAGCGACGGCAGUACAGCCGAGGCUUCAGAUUCUGAUAAUUUAAGUGAUUCCAAUUUAACCGAUUCAGAAAUUGAAGCUGAGAUGCAGGCGUCCAAGAAACAGAAGCAGUAUGACGAGAGGAUGUUGAGGGUGCCCCUGGAUAGAGGCUGGAGAAGAGAAACUAUUAUAAGAGGUGUAACGAAAAAUGGCGGUAUCAAAGGUGACGUAACAUAUGCGGCUCCAGACUCCUCCAACAAAUUCAAACAAAUGUCCGACGUCACCCAAUACCUGGAGUACCAAAAAACCACCGAACUCUCGAAAGAUAACUUCACCUUCAGCUGUCGCGUGAUAAUCGGCGAUUACUUGCAACCAGUACCGCCUGAAAUGCAGACUGACGGCAACGAAUAUAUUUAUUUGACUGAAGAGGACGUUACCAAAAGACUGGAAGAACUGAGGGCAGCCAUGAGGACAAGUUUGCCGGUAGAACAACGAAUCGAAAUGGCCAGGAAACAGCAAGCGGCCAGAGCUGCCGCUCGAAUGGACAGAGAGCAGCAACGGAUUCACAAAGAGUUGGAGAGGAAUGAGAGACAGGAGGCUGCUAGGAGGGAAAAGGAGGCUAGAUCUCAUCAAAUAAUGGAGGCUAAACGAAAACGUCAGGAAGAAGCUGAUAAGCAAAAGCAAGAGGAACAUCAAAGAAAGCAACAGGAGAGAGAAAUUAAAAGACAACAAGCAGCUAUGCUCAAAGAACAAAUAUACAUACAGGAGAUCAAUAAACAACGAGAAAUGCUCUACACGGUCGAGCUGGAAAAAGAACGUCGACGUCAACAUUUGGCUCUAAUCAAAGCAAUGGAAAACCGUCGGAAAAUGGAAGAAAAAGAGCGCAGAAAGCAACAAUUGUUAGCGGAAAAACUAGCGAAUAAAGAAAAGAAACUAGAACAGAGAAAGGUAGAUUUGGAAAUUCUUGCUGAACUGAGAAAGCCUUGUGAUGAUCUAGAAUUGCAAAAUCCAAAACCCUUGCCUGAAUUCGAACGUAUCGCCGAUCUGAAGUUGCCCGGUAAAGCUUUCGCAGACACUCUAAUGGUGUUUGAGUUUUUACAUAAUUUCGGAGAAACUCUGGGAUUUGACAUGGAAUCGUUGCCCACAUUAGAAUCCUUACAACAAGCCUUAAUGUCCAAUGAAAACCAUUAUGAAGCCGAAGAAGAACUAUUUUCAGUAAUGACCCAUCUUCUAGUUUGUGCCAUCGAAGAUCCUGGUAUUCCAAAUCCUGCAAGACAUACCACAAUUUUAGGUCAAAGUCUACGACAAGCUGAUAUAACCCCGUCAAAUUUGUCUGAAAUUUUAAGAAUUUAUUUGUACGCUAACGCCACGGGCGAAGUUAAAGCUUUAACAGGAGUUCACUUUGAAAGAGAUCGUGAAAAACGUAUCGCAGACCACCAUCAAACAGAAGAGGAAAUGCAUCAAACUCUUGCAGGCAAAAAUAGCCAUUACUAUGAACUUCUACAUGAUAACAACACAUACAAAAUUUCAGAUCUUCUAAAAGACAAACCUUUCAUGGCUCUAUCCCCUACAGACAAAGCAACAAUAUUAGCUUACAUUUGCAACGAACUAUUGCAAAAUAAAGCUGUUUUAAGGCAAAUUGAUUCUUCAAUGACUACAAUGAUCGAAAAUAAACGUGACAAAUGGUUGCUGGAUCAAAAAAUUCGAAAACUUAAAGUUUUACACAAUCGUAAAGUGAAAACUGAGGCUUUAGAAAAAUCGCUUAAUGAAGAUGGCACAUUGGAUUCACCUCAUAUACUGCAUAAAGAUGAACUUUUAGAUGAAGAAGACCACGAAAUGAGCGAUAAUGAAAGUGUCGGCACUCAACCAGAAGAAGAAGAGGAUGUUAAACUGUCUGGCGAAGAAUUAGCCAAGAAAUUAGAGAAAUCUAUGCAAACAUCCGAAAAUCAUCUUACUAAUAGUAACUUAGCCUUUUCCCAGCUUAGAGCAGUUACAUUUGGUGAAGAUAGAUACUUCAGACGCUACUGGUCUCUAUCAAAAUCAGGAGGUAUAUUUAUUGAAGCCAUGGAAUCUGCUGAACCAGAAGAAUUUGAAGAACAACUUAUAGGUGAUCAUAAGGAAACUAUAAGCAACGGAAUAAGAAGUCUGAAUGAGCUAAACAGCGUUAUUGAGAACGUUGAUAAGAUCAUCGAUCACUCCAUAGACAAAGAAGUGAGCAAUAUAGUUGAAAAUAAAGAACAGAUUAAAUUGGAAACUGAUGACAACGAAAAUGAACACCGAAAAACGCCUAAUCGACUAGAAAAUGGUGAAAUUUCAAUGGACAAAAAUGAAAUGAAUUUAGAGGAACUCAAAAGAAGCGUGGACGAUAUGGUGCAGAAUUUGGAGAGAAAUAUCGAAAUGGAAAAGGAACAAAAAUUAAAAGAAUCUCAAAUAAAAGAGGAACCUGAAACUCUGAAAGUUGAAACUACAAGCGACGAAGGUGAUUCGAUUGCCAAUAGAAAAUUCAACUUAUUCGAACGUUUGGGCCAGUGCAUGGAACGUGAAAAUAAAACUGAAGAAGAUCUGAAAGCUGACGUGAAAGCCGAAGUAAAAGAAGAACUAAAAAACGAAAUCCUUAAAGAACUAAAACAAGGAAUCAAAACGGAGCCCAUAAUAAAAUCUGAGUUUGACGAAAACGACGAAGUUAAAUGGUUCAGUAUAUUGCACAAGGACGCAGCAUCUUGUGACGAAAUCCAUUUAACCCCCAACAACCGAUGGGACAGCGGCACUUCAUCCCCCAAAGACUUGGAACAUAAAGUUCCAAUAUUCCCACCGCCUGGUUCCAACCCCAAUUACCAUUACAAUUGCGAAAGCCCCGCACCAAUUCAAAUGACUUCCGAAGAGAGCGCUCAGUUGGAAUAUAUCAAAAAACAUGGCAAACCUUCGUCAGCCAAUAAAAAGCAGGUACCCAACGAAAAACGUUACGGUUGGUGGCGCAUGAAGAGCUUAGACCAAUUACGCGAAUUGUUGGAUAACUUACAUGUGCGAGGAGUAAGGGAGAGAGAGUUGAAAAGGAGUUUUUUGCUUACAAUGCAACAAAUGUAUAACAAGGGCAAGUUGGUAAUUGAAGAGGGCCAUCCUGAAUUGACAGAGUUGAGGGGUGAGAAUAUUGAGGGUGUUUGCAUGGUUGAAGGGGACGUUCCAAUGCCCUACGAGCCAGGUUGGUGGAGUAAAGCUACCGCUCAUAGAGUCGAUAUGUUUUUGCUGGAACAGGUUGAGGCGUUAGAGGAUAAAGUUGCAAGUGCCAGCAUGCAAGUAAAAGGCUGGAAAGUGCCCGAGAGAGAUAACGUUGACAUUCCUUAUGGAGAAGUAGUUUCUCUUGUGAAGGAAAAACUAGCAAAUCUAGAACUUAAUAUAGAGAGGCGUUACCUAAAACCACCUCUUGGCAUAAAUGCCAACAAUAUCCGUUCCAGUACAGGUAGCGCUCCGGACGCUGGUUCUCACCAAUCGACGCCUGAUUCCUCGUGCACCAACACUCCAGCAAUGACGCCUUCGACGCCUGGUACCAACGACGACAUUCCCAAAGGUCUGGCGACUUGGCGCGAAGCUGUACACAGGGCUGCAACUUCGGCGCAGCUAGCAAUGUGCCUCUACUCGUUGGAAUCGUCCAUCGCCUGGGACAAAAGCAUCAUGAAAGCUGUGAGCGAACAGGCUGAAUUUAGCUUACAGAACGCCCGCAAAUAUAACAGCAAGCUCAGUAACUGUCAAUUCUGCCAUAGCGGUGACAACGAGGACAAACUGUUGCUGUGCGACAGCUGUGAUAGGGGCUAUCACACCUACUGUUUCAAGCCUAAGAUGGAUAAUAUUCCUGAAGGCGACUGGUACUGCCAUGAAUGUAUGAACAAAGCCACGGGCGAUCGCAAUUGCAUAGUUUGCGGGCGAAAAGCGUCGUUGAAUAACACGCGACUGCUCGUUUGCGAGCUGUGUCCGCGCGCCUACCACACAGAUUGCAUCCAACCUCAGCUCCAUAAAGUUCCUCGCGGUAAAUGGUACUGCACCAAUUGUAUCUCUAAGAAACCGCCCAAAAAGACUGUCAAAAAGAACAAAUCUACUCCGGUUAAGGAAAACGAGCCAGUUGAACAACCAGUAAUAGCACAACCUCAGCCACCGCCUCCGCCACCACCACCUGCCAGUCCUACCCCGUCACAUAGUUCAAUAACCACCAACGAAGAUAUACCGACAACGAAUUGUAGCCAGGGCAGUGAUGUCUCCUCGAUAUCCAAUUCCAGCGUGGCAGUUUCUGUAGAAAGUUCACCGACGACGGCCCAAACGGCAGCUAAAAAAGAAAAAGACAAAGAAAAGGCCCACAAGAAGCUGCUGAAGGAAUUGGCCCCUUGCAAGGCUAUUCUAGAAGAUCUCGAGUGCCACGACGACGCGUGGCCGUUCCUUUUGCCAGUUAAUACCAAGCAGUUUCCUACUUAUAAGAAAAUAAUCAAGAUUCCUAUGGAUUUGUCUACGAUUAAGAAAAGACUACAAGAUUUAGUAUACAAAUCGAAAGAAGAUUUUUGCACGGACGUACGUCAAAUCUUCAACAAUUGCGAAACGUUUAACGAAGAUGAUAGUCCUGUAGGUAAAGCCGGUCAUUGCAUGCGUCAAUUUUUCGAGGCUCGUUGGAACGAAUUGUGCUCCAAUCAUAGUUGAGGUCUAUACAAGAUUAAAGUAAAAUCCAAUGUGUAAAAUAUUUGUCUGGAUUUAUUGGGACAUCAAAUUUUGCUUUCAUUUCGUACAUUGUUAUGGUGCUUGAUUAUAGAUUCGAGGGAGGAGGGCACUAGUUUUUAAAUGUGUAGGCGGAAAUGCAUGCUUAUGUUUGAUACAAAAUGGUUUUGUUCCAACUUACAUUUUGAGUAUGUUCAUAUCUGAACUUUUGUAAUUAUUGUUCUGAAUUGGUUUGAAAUAUUUUCUCUUUUGACUUUUGAAAUUACAUUUUACAUUUAACAAAUCCAGGUCUGUAAGUUGAACCAAAACUCUAUGAAAAAUCACAAAUAUGGAAUAUUUGCUUGAUCGCUAUUGUAUAAAAAAAAAAACUCGAUGACUUGUCGAUUGCAGCUAAAAAAAAAGGAAAUUCCAUUAAUUUGAUUUGUAUAUAUUUUUUCUAGUGAAGAUAAUUUUCAAAUUGCGAGUGUCUCAGCUCUCUCUUUAUACAAUUUUGAUAGGAACUAGUUCGAUUAAUAAUAAUUAUUAAAAUCAUACAGGUAUUUUAAUUGUGUGAUAUUGAAAAAUGUAUAUGGUAAAUUUUAUUAUACAAAAGCUUUUUACAGAUCAAAAAGGGAUAUUUUUUUAAACAUCACUUGAAUUGAAUAGACUUAAUUAGUUUUUAGUUUGUGAUUUUUUUAACAAAAGUGACUUAGUAUUUUUUGAUAUUUUUUGUGUACUUUUUUAACGCUUUUUUGUAUUAAUUUAUUUAGGGCUUAGUUUGUGUUUUUUUUUGUUGACAAAUGCGACAGUAUUCGAAUUAUUGUCAGUAUACUAGGCUAAAGCCGACGAGUUUGGAGAAUGUCAAUUGUUUGGCAACAGUGCUUUAAUUUAGAGGUGAAAUGGUAUAUAAUAUUAAUAAUAAUAAUUAAGCCUUUAAUUCUCCAUAAAUGUCGGCUUUAUUGUUUUUAAUAUGUGUACGUUGUAUUAUAAAUAUUGUAAAAUACUAUCAGUCCGAAAAACGCGCGCAUUAUCCGCUCAAUAUUAAGAAUUUCUAUUAAAAAAAAAAAAACUCUAAGAAGCUGGUCGGACAAAAAAGUCAUUUAUAUAAGCUGAACUUAUAAUUAAUAAUAAUAAUUAUGCAUCAGGCUCUAUUUAAAAAAAAAAAUUAAUGAAUGUGUUUCGGUAGGCUAGUUCUGUGCAAACAAAAAAAAAUAAUUUGCAUAAAUUUAGAACUAGGAAUUAUGUAUUUGAGUGUAAGAUAUUUAUAUUAAUUAU